UGGGAUGUGGCUCGUUGAUGCAUGGUUGAUGUAAGAAAUAUUGUACCUUGCUGGAGUUUUUCUAAUCACUGCAUGAACUGUACGACUUGAUUCCAUCUGGAUACAAAUCUGAGUAACAAUGGCCGAGCAAACCAAAGUCAUCCUAUGGUCUUAUCCCCGGACUGUCUCUUCUACUUUUGUGAAAUGUAUGAGUAAUGUCCCCGACUCGAAAAUGCUGUUUGAGAUGUACACCACUGCUAUGUGCUACGGACCGGAAGGAAUGUUCUUUGACAAGAAAAGCCCGUCACCAUCAGCAUCAGAAGUUGCCCAAGCUGAUCCUGAAUCCGGUUUCAACAGCUCAAUCUGCACGUACGAGUGGCUGAAACAUCAUCUAGAGACAGGGUACCCGGACAAGAAGUUGGUGUUCAGCAAAGAGCUGACGUUUUGCAUCCCAGGAAAGUUUGACUACAUUCCCGAUUCUGGCUACCGUCAUGCCUUCCUGAUCCGCAACCCUGCAAAGGUACUACCGUCGUGGCACUUAGUGGUGACGGAAAUGAUAACUCUCAUGGCCAAACAGGGAAAAAUGCCAGCGACGGCAGACAUUAGCAAAAUUUCAUUUAAGAGAGCAUCCUCUUUCAUACAGGCAACGUGUGAUUUAUAUUCACACAUCAAAGAUAAAGGUCUGGAUCCCGACCCCGUCAUCAUAGAUUCAGAUGACCUUCUGAAUGAUCCAGAAGGUGUUCUGUCCAGGUUUUGCCAGAAAAUGGGGAUCCCAUACAGUGAUGCAUUGCUGAGAUGGGAACCUGGGGUUGAGGUUGUGGAAGACUGGACUGUCAGCCAAGAACUGCUGAACACUCUGAAAUACACAGAAACCUGUAAGAACUUCCGCACACAUCCUUGUUUUUUGAAGCCAAAACCUAAAGCUGAUCCAGAGGUGUCAGCUGAAAUGCAAAACUUGAUUGAUAUUUCAAUGCCAUAUUACACACAGAUGUAUGAGAAAAGAAUGAAGUAAAAAACCACAGUGGUAGUAAGAGCAAAAUGAACCAGAAACCUUUAAUUAAAAAUAUAUAUAAUGAUCUUCAAAUCAAGAAUUACGUAUUAUGAUGGUGAGUGGAUAGCAUUUAUGUAAUAAAAAGGGUGUUGGAAGUAAACAACUAGUUAGGUCCACCUGUGCACUGAGCUUCCGGAUCCUGCCCCAAUAGAUUAGUGCAAGUUUCUCGUGUAUUCAAACAUAUUGGGCAACACUUUGGUCCAAUGUACAUUUUGUACAUUGCUUUAAAGCCAUUAUACACUUUCGGUACAAUAGGAAAAAAAAGC